AUGGUUGAAGGUGAUUUUGUUAAUGAACAAACAAACGUUGUCUCGCUAAGCUCAAACUUCCUGUGCGCUGAGCGUCACGGCGCCAAAGCCAGUAUAGGGGACGAAAUAUUAAAGCUGCUGCUAAAGAUCCUAAACUCGGACGAAACCGUCGCUCAAGGUGUGCAUACGCAUGUUGCGGGGUCUCCAGAUCUAUCAGACUUCGGUUUCGAAAAUGAACAACUGGAAAAUGUACUCGCCGUACUCAUAAUAUCGUUUAUUAUUGUUGUUGUCGGGGUGUUGUUACUGGGGUUGAUUGGAAUGAUAUUCAUAUCCUUCCGCUCAACCAGUAGUAGUGACAAGCAGCUGCAAUGCGACGACGAGGAAAAGCAAGUGCUUGCUGGAAACCAGCCCUAA